AUGAACAGCGCCGUAGAAGCGCUUUAUGUAUUUGAUGAACUGAACGGUCCUAUCCUCGAGCACAUCUAUCGCGGUCGCCCUCUCGCCGCAACAUCUUUGCUCUCCUUAUUCCUUGCCCAUCCAAGCCCACGCCCAUCACUACUCUACCUCCCCGACGCCUCACCCCCAGUGUCCGUCUUUUCAGUAGUUCAUUCAAAUCUGCUCUUUCUUGUCCCGUCCAGCACAGAGAGCCAACCUCUCCUUGUCCUCGAAUUCCUUCACCGCGUUAUCGAUGUGCUAGAAGAAUUCGUUGGCGCCCCGCUCCUAGCGGGGAAGAUUCAGAGCAAUUAUGACGUUGUCGCGCAACUGUUGAAUGAAAUGUGUGAUGGUGGCAUUGUCUGCAAUACUGAACCGAAUGCGCUACAGGAGACUGUUGAGGUCCCGGGAUGGAUGGACAAGCUGCUUGGAGGGGUUGGAUUGCCAAGUGCUUCUCCCUCACUUGGUCCAUCAAAUUCGCUAAAAUCAUCUCUUGCCGCUUCAGCGAAUGCAAAUGGAGCGUCUGCAGUUGCUAUCCCAUGGCGGCGGCAGGGGGUCCGGCAUACAUCUAAUGAACUGUAUGUUGAUGUGGUAGAGUCGUUAUCUGUUACAAUGGCUCCUUCUGGGAGACCAAUUUCAGCACUUGUGUAUGGGACUAUUGUCUUCACUGCGAAAAUCUCAGGAGUACCCGAUCUAUUACUCUCCCUUGGCGCUCCUGGAGGCAAGGCAAAUAUAAGCCAUAAGUUUCAGCUUCCCGUAUUCCAUCCCUGUGUUCGACUUGCGCGAUGGAGGGAAAACCCGGGGGACCUUAGUUUCGUCCCACCCGAUGGUCGUUUCGUGCUUGCAGGAUAUGAAGUGGACCUACUCCCAAUCCAGCCUGACGAAGAUAAACCACCAGCCCACAUGGAAAAGCUAUUCUUACCUGCCACAGUAGAUCUGCAAAGGUCCCUUGGCCCAACCGGUGCAGAUUUCGAGGUCCGACUCACCCUCAAUACCAAUUUCCCCGGAGUAUUACCAGGCCGUGGCUCAGGCACGUCAACCCCUUCAUUCCUUGGGGUAAACUAUAGCUCCUCGUCCAUCUCCCCAACAAUAGAAGAAGUAACCGUUAUCGUUCCCAUCUCCCCCUCCGUCCGGAACCUUACCGAUCUCCGCCCCAGCCGUGGCGAAGCACACUUUACCCCGGGUAGCAACACACUCGAAUGGCGCGUUCCCACCACCAGCAAAGAUGCAGGAAGCAUAUCCGGCACUGCGACGCUAAGAUGUACCAUCGUCGGACCCCUCUCAUCAGCACAAAUCAACAACGGCGGUAACGACUAUGAACCCGAAUCAAUCCUCUCCUCCACAGACAGGGCAUAUCGCACAAACCCGCUAAUCGGCUAUUAUGACGACACCCUUGCGAACACACAGGAAAGUAGCUAUCAGAUACAAGACGAUACGUCCACGCCCUCAAAACCGUGCCACCCACCACCAAGUCUGGAAGGCUCAACGACGCCUGUCGACCGUGCACGAAAGUCUCAGAUGGCCUCCCUGAUGCCUUCUUCUGUCUCUGUAUCCUUUACGGUGCGCGGAUGGCUACCUAGCGGGAUACGGGUUGAGGGACUGGUGGUUGAUACGCGGAGGAGCCGGGGGUUGGGGGAAGGGGUUAAGCCAUAUAAGGGGGUUAAGUAUAUAUGUGUGAGUCGGAGGGGGGUGGAGAAGAGGUGCUGA